AUGGGAGAAAGAUCAAGAAAAAGACAAAAGUUGGAAGAAGAAUCACAAGCUGAAAAGGUGGCCGAGGCAGCCGAAGAGUCUCUUCGUUUGCACCCGCAUGCUGCAUCCGCCGAGGACUUGGUCCAUCACGAUGAUGGUGAAUUUCGUGGUCUUGUUCGCCACCAAACCACAUCAGCAGAUGCCGAAAGAUUAGAAAACGGGCCCAAGAAUCCUUUUACCGGCGAAGAUUUUUCCGAUUCAUAUUUCAAAAUUCUCAAGACUAGACGUGAUUUGCCAGUUCAUGCACAACGUGAGGAGUUUCUCAAAAUCUUCCAUUCCACUCAGAUUAUGGUGUUUGUGGGUGAAACUGGUUCAGGUAAAACAACACAGAUCCCUCAAUUUGUUUUGUAUGACGAAAUGCCACAUUUGACUGGUAAGCAAGUGGCCUGUACUCAACCAAGAAGAGUUGCCGCCAUGUCUGUUGCACUGAGAGUUGCCGAUGAAAUGGAUGUUAAAUUGGGAGAGGAAGUCGGUUACAGUGUCCGUUUUGAACACAAGAAUGGACCAAAAACUAUUUUGAAAUACAUGACGGAUGGUAUGUUGUUGCGUGAAGCAAUGGAUGACCACGAUUUAACAAGAUACUCAUGUAUUAUCCUAGAUGAAGCACACGAAAGGACAUUGGCUACAGAUAUUUUGAUGGGAUUGAUCAAGCAAGUGACAUUAAGAAGACCAGAUUUGAAAAUUAUCAUUAUGUCCGCAACUUUGGAUGCUGAAAAGUUCCAAAACUAUUUUCAUAAUGCUCCACUUUUGGCUGUUCCUGGUAGAACACAUCCAGUAGAGAUAUACUACACACCCGAGUUUCAAAGAGAUUAUCUUGAUGCUGCUAUACGCACUGCGUUGCAAAUUCACGCAACCGAGGAUGAAGGUGACGUUUUGUUAUUCUUAACGGGUGAAGAAGAAAUUGAGGAGGCUUGUAGGAAAAUUUCAUUGGAAGGUGAUGCCUUGAUCAGAGAACAAGGUUGCGGCCCUUUAAAGGUUUACCCAUUAUACGGUUCUUUGCCACCAAACCAACAACAGAGAAUCUUUGAACCAGCUCCAGUUAAUCCAAACCCCAAGGGAAGACCAGGCAGAAAAAUUAUCGUGUCUACCAAUAUUGCCGAAACAUCUUUGACCAUUGAUGGUGUAGUCUAUGUCGUGGACCCAGGGUUUUCAAAACAAAAAGUAUACAAUCCAAGAGUCAGGGUUGAGUCGCUUUUGGUUUCUCCUAUAUCAAAAGCUAGUGCACAGCAGAGAGCUGGUAGAGCUGGUCGUACUAGACCAGGUAAGUGUUUCCGUUUGUACACCGAAGAAGCAUUCCAAAAAGAACUUAUACAACAAUCUUAUCCCGAGAUUCUUCGAUCCAAUUUGGCGUCAACCGUGUUGGAGUUGAAGAAAUUGGGCAUCGAUGACUUGGUGCAUUUUGACUUUAUGGAUCCACCUGCACCAGAAACAAUGAUGAGAGCAUUGGAAGAACUAAACUAUUUGCAAUGUCUUUCCGACGAGGGUGAUUUAACUGCACUUGGCCGUUUGGCAUCACAUUUUCCACUUGACCCCAUGUUGGCUGUUAUGCUUAUUGGAUCGCCAGCUUUCAAGUGCUCUGAAGAUUUGCUCACCAUAGUGGCAAUGUUGAGUGUACCUUCAGUCUUUGUACGUCCUGCAUCUGCUAGACAAAGAGCCGAUGAAGCAAAACUAUCAUUUGCACAUCCAGACGGUGAUCACUUGACACUCAUCAAUGUUUACGAAGCGUUUGAAAAUGCGCCACACGAGCUCGGCGUAUCGCAGCAUCAAUGGUGCCGAGAUAACUUUUUGAAUUACCGAUCAUUGCAAUCCGCUAGAAAUGUGCGGUCGCAAUUGCAAAGAAUUAUGGAAAAUAACGAUUUGGAGCUUAUAUCGCAAUACAACAAGGUCCCAGAUGCUCAAUAUUGGGAAAACAUCAAAAAGGCAUUAGUCGGCGGGUUUUUCAUGCAAGUGGCAAAGAAAAAGAGUGGAGGAAAGGGUUAUUUGACCGUUAAAGAUAACCAAGAUGUUCUUGUACAUCCAAGUACAGUUUUGCAGAAAGAUGGCGAGUGGAUGAUAUACAACGAGUUUGUUCUCACUAGUAAAAACUAUAUCAGAACAGUUACGAUUGUGAAUCCUGAAUGGCUCGUGGAGAUUGCUCCUAAAUAUUAUAACUUGGAUCAUUUCCAAAAAGGAGAUGUUAAAUUGAGUUUGGAAAGGGUAAUCCACAAUGUUGAAAGAAAGAAAGAGAUGAAACUGAGUAAAAAAUAG